GAAAACAGACCCCGGAGCCCGUGCCAGGACGUUGCGCAACGUUUCAAGGAAACAUGCCGUUCAACGUGAAAACGUUAGAAACCGGAGCAAAACGUUGUGAGACUGAACUCGUCCCCGGUGUUUAACUUCGAAACACUGACACUUCCUGUACUCGGGGCUCCUUCCGUGUUCCUGGUCCCUGCAGGCCGCCCCUCCUCCGCCCCUCCUCCGAGCCUCCGCCCUGCUCGGUGCAGUUUCCUCAGGUGGAGGAAUGUGACGGUGUCCGCGUGCAGCAGGCUUCACCUCUGCGGGACAAACCAUGGGAGGAAACCCCCGAACCUGAGCCGGACUUUACUGAGAGGCUGAUUUAACAUGAGCAGGAGCCAGACCCGGACCCAGGAGAGGAUCUCUGGCUCGGACUGAAGGCAGCCCAGGUGCGGUCGCUUACCUGAGCCUGCGGGUUUGGCUGUGUGUCAGAGUCUGUACACCGGGACGGCUCGGCCUGUUCGCAGCUCGCGAUGCCGGAGCUCAUCACCGUGACCGAGUUCAUCUCGGAGACCAACGAGGACUACAAAGCCCCGACCACCUCCAGCUUCACCACCCGGAUGUCCCACUGCAGGAACACGGUGGCGGGUCUGGAGGAGGUCCUGGACUUGGACAGAUCGAUUCUGUACAAGAUCAAGAAGUCGGUGAAGGCCAUCAACACGUCUGGUCUGGCUCACGUGGAGAACGAGGAGCAGUACGUCGGGUCGCUGGAGAAAUUCGGAGACAACUGUGUGAGCAGGGAAGAGGCCGAGGUCGGCUCGGCCUUCCUCAAGUUCGCCGUCUUCACCAAAGAGCUGACGGCGCUCUUCAAGAACCUGUUGCAGAACAUGAACAACAUCAUCACGUUUCCUCUGGACAGUCUGCUGAAGGGAGACCUGAAAGGAGUCAAAGGGGAUCUGAAGAAGCCGUUCGACAAGGCCUGGAAGGAUUAUGAGACCAAGCUAGCGAAGAUUGAGAAGGAGAAGAGGGAGCACGCCAAGCAGCACGGGAUGAUCCGCACCGAGUUCAGCGGAGGAGAGAUCGCCGAGGAGAUGGAGAAGGAGCGGCGGCUCUUCCAGCUGCAGAUGUGUGAGUAUCUCCUGAAAGUGAACGAGAUCAAAGUGAAGAAAGGUGCCGACUUCCUCCAGAACCUCAUCAAGUAUUUCCACGCUCAGUGCAAUUUUUUCCAGGACGGCCUGAAGGCUGUGGAGAGUCUGAAACCCUCUGUAGAGAGACUGGCGACAGACCUGACGGCGAUUAAGCAGACUCACGACGGAGAGAGGAAACAGCUGACUCAGCUCCGAGACGCCCUGAAGGCGUCGCUGCAGUCGGAGCAGAAGGAGGACUCUCAGGCCAAACAGAGCGGCGGUUACAGCCUCCACCAGCUGCAGGGCAACAAGGCUCACGGCACCGAGCGCUCCGGGGUCCUUUACAAGAAAAGUGAGGGACUGAGGAAGGUUUGGCAGAAGAGGAAGUGCUCUGUGAAGAACGGUUUCCUGACCAUCUGCCACGGCACGCCUAACAGACCUCCAGCGAAACUGAACCUGCUCACCUGCCAGGUGAAGAAGAAUCCAGACGAUAAGAGCUUCGACCUGUUCUCACACGACAGGACGUACCACUUCCAGGCUGAGGACGAAGCCGAGUGUCAGAUCUGGGUGUCGGUGCUGCAGAACAGCAAAGAGGAGGCGCUGAACAAAGCCUUCAAAGGCGACCAGAACGAAGGCGAGAACAACAUCGUGCAGGAGCUGACCAAAGCCAUCGUGGCCGAGGUCAAGAGGAUGAGCGGCAACGACCUCUGCUGCGACUGUGGGGCCCCGGGUCCCACCUGGCUGUCCACCAACCUCGGGGUUCUGAUCUGUAUCGAAUGCUCGGGGAUCCACAGGGAGAUGGGGGUGCACUACUCCAGGAUCCAGAGUCUGGACCUGGAUGUCCUAGGAACCUCCGAGCUGCUGUUGGCGAAGAAUGUGGGAAAUGCCAGCUUCAACGACAUCAUGGAGGCGACUCUCUCAGAGCAGGAUGUGACCAAACCGGAUCCGACCAGUGACAUGCAGACGAGGAAAGACUACAUCACAGCCAAGUACACAGAGAAGCGCUUUGCCGAGCGGAUUUGCGACAACGCGGCGUCCAGACUGCGGCUUCUGUACGAGGCCGUCAGGGACAGAGACAUCCUGUCUCUGAUCCAGGUCUACGCUGAGGGGGUGGACCUGAUGGAGGCCAGCAAGCAGCCCAACGAGCACGAACCUGGAGAGACGGUGCUCCACCUGGCGGUCCGGAUGGGCGACAGGAACUCCCUCCACAUUGUUGACUUCCUCGCCCAAAACAGCGGUAACCUGGACAAGCAGACGGCCCGAGGAAGCACAGCGCUGCAUUACUGCUGUCUGACGGACAACAGCGAGUGUCUCAAACUGCUGCUGAGAGGAAAAGCUUCAGUGACCAUCACAAAUGACGCAGGAGAGACGGCGCUGGACGUCGCCAAACGUCUCCGACACAUUCAGUGUGAAGAACUGCUGACUCAGGCUCAGACGGGAAAGUUUAACGUCCACGUUCAUGUUGAGUACGAGUGGCGUCUCCAGAAUGAGGACCUGGACGAGAGUGAUGACGAGAUGGAGGACAAGCCAAUCCCUAACCGGCGCGAGGAGCGUCCCGUCAGCUGCUUCGUGCCGGGCAGCGGCCCCAUGCAGCCCAACCUGGCGGCGCUGGCCCGGGACGCCGCCACGAUGGUGCGGGACAAGCAGAGGCCUCAGGUCCCCAGCAUGAUGAUCAGCAAUGAGACCUACGGCACCAUGAUGGACCUCAGCCUGCCGCCGCCGGGACCAACACCGCCGCUGCCACCCAGAGCGCCAAACAGAGGACAAAGUAAACCUGCUGCUGUGGAAACUGUAGGAAGACAGCGGUCGUGCUCCGAUCCCCCCAGCCCUCAAACCCCUGAGAGGAACUCGUCCAUGUACGUGGUCCCAGCAGCCCCUCCUCAUUUAGUAAAACUGAGGUCCAGUAUGUUGGAGACCAAGUACCUGACAGCCAGGAACACCCCCCUCCCUCCCCUACCAGCAGCAGGACCCCCCCCAGUACCUCCAGUCCCACCAGCACCCAACAUCCCACCGCCACCCCACUUCAAAGCUCCGCCCCUUCCCCCUCCAGUCCCCAGUCACCAGACCAAUAAACAACCAGGACCGUCAGGACCACCAGGACCGCUAGCACCUCCAGGACCACUGUUACCACCUGUACAACCAGGACCACUAGGACAACCAGGACCACUAGGACAACCAGGACCACUAGGACCCAAAUCAAUCCCUGGAUCAGUGAAACCUCCUCCACAGAGACCUUCGGUCAGGUCCGGAUCAGGACCAGGGUCACAGUGCAAAUCCCCCCAAAGUCCGGCUCCUCCAACACCCAAACCCAGAAGCACCUUCUCUAAGCAGAAGCCUAAAAGAGUGAAGGCCAUCUACAACUGUUUUGCUGAUAAUCCAGACGAGCUGACGUUUACUGAGGGGGAGGUGAUCGUGGUGGAGGGGGAGGAGGACAACGAGUGGUGGGUCGGCCACGUUGAAACGGAUCCGGCCAGGCGAGGAGUGUUUCCUGUCACCUUCGUUCACUUCAUCACCGAGUGACGUCACAGGGAGAUAAUUUACGCUGUUCACUUCCUGUUCUGUCCUCUAUCACGGCUCUGUCUGCGUGGACACAGAAAGGACAAAGACACAAAGUGAAUCCUCUGGAUCCAGACCUGAACCUGACUGCACCCCCACGAUCCCCUGAAACAAAACACUGAAGCUGCUUUUUGUUGCACCUGACGGCUUCAUGUUGUUCCCACACCAUGACUCCAUCUUUGUUUUGUUUUUUACUUCCUUCUUCAAACUCACAGAACUUUAUUUUAAAUUCUAGUAGAGAUGAAAAACUUUCCAAAGAUCCCAAAUGUGUCUAAAUGUUUUUAAAAUGAUUCAGCCAACAGAAAAAUAAUCUUUCACUGGAUGGCAACAACAAGGAGCUUCAGUGAAGAUCUGCAGCAACACCAAACAUCAGAUAUCUAACUGCUGCUGCUGCCUCUUGGAUCCAACGACAGGAGAUCUGAACGCUCCUGCACUCAGUGAUAAACGACAGAGUCCAGACCUGAACCCCCUCCGACACGAGCCGGACCUGACCUCGCUGAUGCUCUGGUGUCUGAACAGGAUCAAAUGCCUGCAGCUGCUUCAACAUCUGGAGGACGGACGUGGAGCCGUCCACAUACUUUUGGCCACGUGGUGUAUCUGCUGUGUGAGAAGCUCUCAGUGUGCUGCUGGGAUCAAACCUGUGACUCUGUGUUUCCAAAAUGUUUUCAGGAGAUGAUUCUUAUUCUAAAUCUUCUUCUUCUUAUUUGAACGUGUCGGCUGAAGGGAAACUGUGUGGCUGUUUAUGAGAGGAGGGUUAAUGUUAACGUCCACUUUGAUUUGACUCAUUAAAAACAGCUGAAACGAC